AUGAGGUGGUUCAACAGUUUGAAGACGAACUCCAUAGAUUCCUACAAGCAGCUCACCCAAGCCUUUGGCUCUCGUUUUAUUACGAACAACAAGGUUCCUCGGCCUCUGAGUUUGUUGUUGUCAUUAUCCAUGCACGAAGGGGAAACUUUAAAGGCAUAUUCGGAUAGAUAUUGGGAAAUGUACAACGAGAUGGAUGAUAACUACGACAACAUAGCCAUCAGCACAUUUAAGAGUGGUCUCCCCACCAAGCAUUGUUUAAGGAAGUCCCUAACUGGUAAGCCUGUUAUCAGCGUUCGUCAACUUAUGGACAGGAUUGACAAAUACAAAAGGGUGGAAAAGGACCAACUACAAGGGAAAGGAAAGGAGAAGAUCAUCCCUCACAAGAGGAAUGAUUUCAGGUCGAAACAAUACAACAGUAACCAUCCGAGAAGAGAUUUUGCAGGACAAUCUGGACCAAUCAACACACAAGCAGUCAACAUCGUAUUCAGAGAGCCAGUACAACAGGUUUUGGAGAAAGUCAAGAAUGAGCCUUUCUUCAAGUGGCCGAAUAAAAUGGCCGAAGACUCCUCAAAACGCAACCAGAGUCUGUAUUAUCAGUACCACCAAGACCACGGGCAUACCACUGAAGACUACAGGAAUCUAUGGAACCACCUGAAUCAAUUGGUCCGAGAAGGAAAGUUACAGCACCUCUUACACCCUUCUAGCGGUCAUCUGGGUCAGGUAGACAAAGAACCCCAAAGAGACAUAUCUUUAAGACCUCCCAUGGGUAUGAUAAAUGUCAUCCUUGCCACUCCGAGGAGAACCGGCUCUUUUCCCUUCAGGGUAAUGUCUGUGGCUCGACUCUCCACCGAGGACAAUGAUAGGGAAUCCAAAAGGUCUAAGAAGGGGACCUCGCCUGUGCUGGGAUUCUCGGACUAG